GCACGCAUGACUUGACAGACUCUCUCCUUCCUUGGUAAGCUUCCAUAGCGCGGUUUCUCCUUCUGCCUGAAAGCACUGGAGAAGUGAAAAUGACGGAGACGAAGUUCAGCGUGCUCUGCAGCCUCUUCACGUGGAUGCAGCGGAGCAAGUCGUCCGCCAAGAAGAGCUCCAAGUUCCGCAAGUUCCUCGACACCUUUUGCCAUUCCGGCCACUAUUUCAGCGCCAUCCGACUGCUCCUCCCCAGCCUCGAUCGCGAGCGCGGCACCUACGGCCUCAAGGAGUCGGUGCUCGCCACCUGCCUCAUCGACGCCCUCGGCAUGUCCCGCGACUCCCACGACGCCCUCCGCCUCGUCAAUUGGCGCAAAGGCGGCGCCCAAACCGGCGCCAAUGCCGGAAACUUCUCCCUCGUCGCCGCCGAGGUAUUGCAGCGCAGGCAAGGGAUGGCUUCUGGUGGAUUAACAAUCAAGGACGUGAACGACUUGCUCGAUCGCUUGGCUUCUGCUGAAAACAGGGCAGAGAAGACAUCAGUUCUUUCUACUCUGAUAAACAAGACAAAUGCACAGGAAAUGAAGUGGAUUAUCAUGAUUAUUCUAAAAGAUCUUAAGCUGGGAAUUAGUGAAAAGAGCAUUUUUCAUGAAUUCCAUCCUGAUGCUGAAGACCUGUUUAAUGUGACUUGUGAUCUAAAAUUGGUUUGUGAAAAGCUGAGGGAUCGAAGUCAACGGCAUAAGCGCCAGGACAUUGAAGUUGGAAAAGCUGUGCGCCCUCAACUAGCUAUGAGAGUCGCCAAUGCUGCAGGUGCAUGGAAAAAGCUUCAUGGGAAGGAAGUGGUUGUUGAAUGCAAAUUUGAUGGUGAUCGCAUCCAAAUUCAUAAGAAUGGAACUGAGAUACACUUCUUCUCAAGGAACUUUCUUGAUCACUCUGAGUAUGGGCAUGGGAUGUCGGACAUUAUCAUACAAAAUGUUCUGGCUGAUAGGUGUAUACUUGAUGGUGAAAUGUUGGUCUGGGAUACAUCUUUGAACCGCUUUGCUGAGUUUGGUUCAAAUCAGGAAAUAGCCAAGGCAGCAAAGGAUGGACUAGACAGUGAUCGACAGUUGUGUUAUAUUGCAUUUGAUAUUCUUUAUGUUGGGGAUACCAGUGUAAUUCACCAAAGCUUGAAGGAGCGCCAUGAGCUUUUGCGGAAAGUUUUGAAGCCUUUGAAGGGUCGUUUGGAAAUCUUAGUACCUAAUGGUGACCUUGGUCUAAAUAGUCACUGCCCUUCUGGGGAACCUUGUUGGUCACAUAUUGCUCAUAAUGUGGAUGAUGUUGAAAGGUUCUUCAAAGAAACCGUUGAGAAUAGAGAUGAAGGGAUUGUGUUAAAGGACCUUGGUUCCAAAUGGGAACCUAGUGAUCGGAGUGGAAAGUGGUUGAAGUUGAAGCCUGACUAUAUUCGUGCUGGUUCUGAUCUGGAUGUUCUUAUCAUAGGGGGAUACUAUGGCUCUGGUCGUCGUGGUGGAGAGGUAGCUCAAUUCCUGGUCGGCCUUGCAGAGCGUCCAGCCCCAAAUACAUACCCUAGGCGAUUUCUUUCCUUCUGCAGAGUGGGUACUGGGCUUUCAGAUGAAGAGCUGGAUGCUGUUGCAACCAAAUUGAAGCCUUUUUUUAGGAAAUAUGAAUACCCAAGGAAGCCACCACCAAGUUUUUAUCAAGUAACGAAUAACUCGAAAGAAAGACCAGAUGUUUGGGUUGACAGCCCUGAGAAAUCAAUAAUUCUGUCUAUUACCAGUGAUAUCCGAACCAUAAGAUCUGAGGUAUUUGCUGCACCGUAUAGCCUGAGAUUUCCACGUAUUGACCGAGUGAGAUAUGACAAGCCUUGGCAUGAAUGCCUUGAUGUGCAAUCUUUUGUAGAACUUGUACAUUCAAGCAAUGGUACUACACAAAGGGGCACAGAUUAUGGUGGCCUUAAGGAAAGUAGACCAAAACGCAUGAAAUUCUCUAAGGGAGAGAGAAAGAACCUCUCUGUCGUUCCUUCUCAUUUAAUUCAGACUGAUAUUUCUGACGUUAUGGGGGGCUCCUCAAUAUUUUCGAAUAUGAUGUUUUACUUUGUUAAUUUUCCACCAACCCUCUCUCUUGAUUCCUUGCACAAAAUGGUUGCUGAGAAUGGAGGGACUUUCUCAAUGAAUUUGAAUAACUCAGUUACUCAUUGUGUUGCAGCUGAUAGCAAGGGGAUCAAGUAUCAGGCUGCAAAACUUCAUGGAGAUAUUAUUCAUUACUCUUGGGUAUUGGAUUGUUGCUCACAAAAGAAGCUCCUCCAUUUACAGCCAAAGUACUUCCUCUUCCUUUCUGGCUCAUCAAAGAAGAAGUUACAAGAAGAAAUUGAUGAAUUUUCUGACUCAUACUACCAGGAUCUUGAUCUUGCAGGCAUCAAACAGCUCUUAAGUAAUGUGGACAGAUAUGAGGCUACGAAAACUAUCGACUAUUAUAAGAAAAAGUACUGUCCAAAGAAGAAAUGGUCCCACUUUUAUGGCUGCUGCAUUUAUUUCCGCCCUUCAAUACCAUCUUUGAAACCAGAUUGGGAAGUUUUGUUGGGACUUGCAUUGAGGAGGUUGAAGCUUGAAGUUUCCAUGGCUGGAGGAAAAGUCAGCCACAGUAUUGCUCUUGCUACCCAUUUGGUAGUUUUGUCAGUACCAGGUUUUGAUGUAGACUUUGAAACUCUAUUGAAAAGUUUCACUUCAUCAGAGAAGCAUCUUUUAUGGAACAAGGGGUUGCAUGUUGUGAAAUCUCAAUGGUUGGAAGACUGCUUGGAGAGGGACCAAAGAUUGCAAGAAGGACCAUAUAGCUUGAAGACCAUUGGGGUGCAAGAUUUGGAAAUUGUAGAGUGCAAUCAUGAUAGACAUGACCAGGAUCUAGGAGCCCCCGCUGGAUUGGACAAUGAAGAAAAACAGAAUAUGUCCCCUUCUCUUGAUUUAAGGGAACAGAUAACUGAUAAAACUGCUUUAGAAAAACCUAAAACUUUGGCUUCAUACGAGGGGAUCGGGAAAAGGAAAAGAGGAAGACCUGCUGGCACAAGCAUGAAGAAAGGAAAAACAACUAUGACCCAAGCUCGAAGAACACGGGGACGUAUUGGACAGAGGCCUGCUAAAAUAUGUGAUAAUGAAUCAGAUGAAAGCUUAUCUCAUGACGAGAAGACACGGAGAGAAGAGAACAACAUAAGAGAAGGAAAUCAUGAAACGGUAGGUACGGGAAGCUCAGAAAUCCAAGGGACUGAAAUAAUAGAAGAUUCUGAAUCAUCAGCUAGAGGCAAGGCAGCGGAGCAGGAAGUUGAAAAAGAUAUUGGAUAUGGAGAGUGGCAUGAUAAAGUUCCAAAUGUUGAAAUGACUAAAAUGCAUAUUAAUAGCAAUGACGGUGAGAGGUCGGAGAAGUUGGAAGUUAUGGCUGAUCCGGUUCAAGCCAUGUUGUUGGAUAUGAUUCCGAGCCUUGGAGCGAAGGAAGUUGUGACGAGAGAGAGAAUUCUCAAUGAUGAGAAACCACCCUUGGAUCCCAAUGCAGAGCCUACAAAGAAAAAGAAAGUGAGCUACAAGGAUGUUGCUGGUGAGCUGCUAAAGGAUUGGUAAAAUAUGAUAUGUGCGUUGGUUGUAGGUUUUGUAUGAGAAUGUGAAUGAGGGAAACGAAAUGGUUUCUCAGUAAUACUAGUUUUGUAUUAUUAGCAUAAUGCUGGGUCUAGAUUGUGAUGUGAGCAUCUUCAGUAAAAACUGUGAGCUCUCGUCUUGUAAUAUACCAAAGAGAUACUAUAUGCACUAUGUUAUUGUACUUUUCACAUGGACCAAACACUAUUGUCAUUAUAUAAAUAUUGUG